AUGUCCUCCUCCACCGUCCCAGCGAACCCCUCCUUCGCGACCGCCCUGCUAGCAGGCGGUCUCGCCGGCACGACCGUCGACAUGACCCUCUUCCCGCUGGACACCCUCAAGACCCGCCUGCAGUCGUCGGCCGGGUUCUUCGCGACGGGCGGCUUCCGCGGCAUCUACCGCGGCGUCGGCUCCGCGCUCGUCGGCUCCGCCCCGGGAGCGGCCUUCUUCUUCUGCACCUACGAGGCCACAAAGUCCGUCCUGUCCUCCAGCUCCUCCAACAUCUCCUCCGGCACCUCCUCCGCCGGCCCGGGCACGCACAUGCUCGCCGCCUCCCUGGGCGAAGUCGCCGCCUGCGCCGUCCGCGUGCCCACGGAAGUCGUAAAGCAGCGCGCGCAGGCGGGCCAGUUCCCCUCCUCCGCCGCGGCCCUGACCUCCAUCUUACAAUCCCGCCACGCCCUGGGGCUCGCCGGCAUGUUCCGCGAGCUGUACCGCGGGUGGGGCAUCACCGUCGUGCGCGAGGUGCCCUUCACCGUGAUCCAGUUCCCGCUCUGGGAGGGGCUCAAGGCCUGGGGCCGCCGCCGCCGCCGGCAGCAACAAGGGCCGCACGGGCAGAAGGGAGGGGGGGGCGACGUGGGCGCCGCCGAGAGCGCCCUGUACGGCAGCGUGUCGGGCGGCGUCGCGGCGGGGCUGACGACGCCGCUCGACGUGCUCAAGACGCGCGUCAUGCUGAGCGCCGAGAAGCGCAGCGCCGCGUCGGUCGUCAGGGACAUUUUGCGCGAGCACGGCGUGCGGCCCUUCUUCGCGGGCAUCGGGCCGCGGGUCAUGUGGAUCAGCGCCGGCGGCGCCAUCUUCCUCGGCAGCUACCAGUGGGCUGUCAACACGCUCCAGGGGCGGAGUGGGAUAUGA